AUGAAAAGAACACUUGAUGAGUCAAAUUCUGGGAACACUUCGAUAAAAAGGUUCAAAACAGCUACCGAGGAGGAUAUUAAAAUGUUUCGGGACAGCCGGCAAACAGAUUCAACAAAACGUAACACAAAAUGGGCUGUUAAAAUCAUACAAGAAUGGAGUUCAGAAACGUUUGGUGUUGAAAUUGAUUUUUUCACAAUUGAUGCUGCCGACCUCAACUCCAAAUUAUCCAAAUUUUAUGCUGAAGCUCGUCCAAAAAUUGCAAGUAUAACAACAGAAAAUACUGAAUAUCACAAGAAUACCAUGAAAAACAUUCGAGCAGCGAUUAACAGACAUCUUGCAGAUUUGGAGAGAGACAUGAACAUUGUAAAAGAUAAAGAAUUUAAAAGUGCAAACGACACUUUAGAUGGCAAACUGAAACAUAAUGUGAAAUGUGCAAUUUCUAAACCAACGAAACAUAAGGAUGUCAUUACCCCUGAAGAUCUGAUCAAAAUCAGCGAGUAUCUAUACUCUGCCGAAAAUCCAAUAAUCCUGCGGUAUCGCGUUUGGUACGAUGUAGCAAUGCACUUUGUUACCCGCGGCCUCGAGUUUCACGAACAGCUGAAACCAAAUUCAUUUGAAUUUCUUAAAGAUGAACAUGAACGCGAAUAUGCUGUCAUGUCCCAUGAAACCAAACAAAAAACAAUUCAAGGAGGGUUAACAAACGAAGAAGCAAAUCAUGAUAAGAGAAUGUACAGUAUGCCACUAACACCGAAAAAUGUCCAGUCGCAUCAUUAA